AUGUCUUAUUACAAAGCCAAGCUGGCCGACUACGUAACGAAAGGGAAACUCAAUGAGGAUGCUCACGAGAUCAGUUCACCCCCUUCUGGCAUUUCUCCCAGUCAGCCAACGGCGAAGCGAAACCUUGAGCAAGAGCUCCAGGAAAGGAAGAAGAAGUCGGUGCCGAGUCUUCCGCAGCCGGCCAUGGAGUGUCCUUCUACUUCGUUAGACAAGAACUACCAGAGUAGCAAGACUACCGAGGCUCUGACUCCGUCCGCUUGGUUCCAGAGCAAGCAGAGCAAUGGGGAAAUCGAGAUGAAAGACGCGCCUGUAUGCGAUCAUUCUCAUUCUCUACCCUCCUCGUCACCCAAUGCCUGGUCCUCAAAGCUCAUUUCUGACGCUCCUGGUCCCUCUCAGUCGUAUUCUCCAGCCCAGGCCCUCGCCGAAUUUCACCUCCACUGGCAAGGUUCCCACGGCUCUGCAUCUCUGUCUAGCCCGCAGUCGCCGCUAGGGAAGCCAGUUGAGUGCGCCAAGUCGGGGACACCGGCUGCCCAUACUUCGGCUUCCGCUUUUCACCUGUCAUACGACGACUUCCCGGCCAUUAGUAACACACUUCCCGCCAACUCUAUGCCGACGUGGGGUAAAAAGAAUACACAAUCUACCGCCUACGUAAAAGGGAUUAAAGAUGCCAUGAUUUCCACGGCCUCCCCAGGGUAUCUGGAAAUCUCUUAUGCACAUAUUACCAAGAAUCCUGUUAUGGGUACUGUUGGGGAAGCCUUGACCCCGAACCAGAAGGGCCCCAUUCCCCAACAACCCGAUCCAAGUCGGGCGAUUUCGACCAGCGAUGCCGCGAUUCCACGACAAGCGGCGUCCACGGAGCCGGACCACUCGUUGCUGGAGCCGUUGUGCGAAGAUGAGCAGAAGCUGCGAGUGUUUAUUCAGCAGAUGGUCCAGCACCGGUGUCCGGGCUGUGACAAUACCGGAGCGCCCUUCAAUACGGGUGCCGUCUUCGAGUAUACCCAUAGAAUCUUGAUUUCCAAGCAGCCUCACCCUAUUUUCAAAUGCCAACAUCAGAGAUGCCGUGUCUACUUCUGCCCAGCCUGCAUGAAGAAAGGUAAGAGAGCCACAGCCCUGGUGCAGCGAUCAGCCGGCAGCCCAGGCCACUCUACGUGGUGCUGCUCUUCCGCUCGGCUUUUCUUCAUAUUUCUCCUUCUCUGUGGUCCACACGGUCACCCGAACGACAACCUAGCUUCCCUCCUCCAAGACUGUCAGGUUAACGCCAAGAUUGAAAACCCGGGAGCCUCGAAGGGCCCUUCGACCCAAGCGAGAGCGACGGGAUGUCCGCAGCAUGCGUCGGGGUCGGCUCUCGGCACAGGCUACGGGGGUCCGGGAGACUACGCCAACACCUUCAGUGGGUUCACCCGGUCUGCUGACAAGAAGGACUUCGAAGUACUUCCCGGGCUUUUUGCGAAGCUUCAGGAGGUUUGGCCUUGCCUCGCGACCUCGAGCGAGUUUGACCAGGAACCCCCCGAGCUAUUGCUGGCCAUGGCCCGCCGCAGCCCCCUCAUGAUCAAAGUGGCAGAGCUCCUGCGUAACGACUGUGUGGAAGAUGUCGUGUACCGCGCCACAAUGUACCAGCCCAUGUUUGACUUCAUCCGGGUCGUUGUCGCGCAUCCCUUCUCAGCCCCCCUGGUACAUUAUCCCCGUGUCGAAUAUCCGCUGCGCCGGACUCUCUUACCGGUGUGCUUCGGCCCGGAUCAAUUCACUUCGCCCGCUUCCCGGCAGGCUCGCUCCGCAAGCCCCGAGGGUAAGGGCAAGGGUAAGGCGCUAUACGACUCGCCGCAGGAUACACUGCAGUCGCUGGUCAGCUUGCUCUCGUCGCUGACGGACCAGUCUCGUGCUAUAAUGCAUUAUAUGAAUCCCAAGAACGAGGACGCUGCCAAGAUCAUGGCAAUGUGCCAGCGUAUCUGUGAUUUCUCCAACGAUAUCGCUAGACCGCCGAAUGUCGAUACUGCAGAAUGUACAAAGGCUCCGGGCUCGGCCCAUCCUACCACCCCAGCGCGCGCUUCUAACGUAUUUACCAGCGCCGCUUUGCGUGUAGAAGAAGCCGAGGAGAAGAAAAUGGCAGACAUACACACUUGGCUGAGCGUAAACAAAGUCGCCGAGAUUGAAUCGGACGACUGGCUUGGGGGGUAUAGCUUUUCUCGGAAGCUGGCCCAAACCGCGGGAGCCGCUGUAAAGAGCGGUCGCGUCAAGAGACUUGUGUACGAUCUUUCGACACUCAGGACUUCUCUGCCAGAAGGCAUCUUCGUUCGACACCACAGCUCGCGCCUGGAUGCCAUGAAAGUCCUCAUCGUCGGUCCCGAGGGCACGCCGUACGAGAACGGACUCUUCGAGUUCGACCUCUUUUGUCCUCUCGAAUAUCCGGACGUGCCGCCGGCGAUGCUAUUCAAAACGACGCGGAGCGGGCGCAGGGUCAACCCGAACCUCUACAUUGACGGGAAGAUAUGUCUCUCUCUGCUCGGCACCUGGGACGGCGAACCCUGGUGCCCCAAGACGUCCACCCUCCUGCAGCUCCUUGUCUCCAUCCAGGCAAUGAUCUUCUGCGCCGAGCCCCUCUGGAACGAGCCCGGCAUCGACUCUCGCCUGGAGACCUGGGUUUCCGACCUGUACAACUGGGAGAUGCGCGCCGACACGCUCAUCUUUGCCAUGAGCGACUGGCUCCGCGCCCGCAACACGAAUGCCGCCAGCGGCGGCGCCGUUAACAACCCCUGGGACGAGGUCGUCGGCAAACACUUUGAACUGCGGUGGCGUCGGAUCUUGGAGACCGCGAUCCGUUGGGAGAAGGAGAACGACACGAAGGUCAGCUUUGAAAGAUCCGGGUUGGGAUUCAUCAUGAUGGAGAAGCGCGCGGCCGAGAGGUUUCGUGUCGGGAUCCUAAGGCUGAAAGGGUGUUUUGCCGAGUGGGCGCGGACCGAAGAGGACAUGUCUCUUGUGCAGAUUGAUCACGCGAAAGAGGGCGAGGCUAUUCCGGAGAGCGUGUCCGAUGCAGACCAGUGGGAGAGCUUCGACGAUUCCGACAGCGUUGCCUCGAUAUCCUAUCUAGAUACAGCAGAGUAG